AUGAUCUCCAAGCAGUUCAGCGCACAGGAUAUAUUGAAAAUGGAAUUCUACAGGGAUUCUAGCUGGGUGCUCGAGUAUAUUGAGCAGGAAUUUAGUAAAAAUAGCAGGAUUUCAGGGUCAUUACAGACACUGGUGUUGCGGAGCUGCAAAAGAUAUAAGUUGAAGACGAAUCCGAAGCAUAUAUAUGCUAUAGUUUCAUCAUGCUGGAAGUAUAAGAUGUAUCUGGAGAAGAUAAUUAAAAACAGUGGUCUUUUAGCAGAUGUUCCGCUGAAGAAGGGAGAACCAGUUUUCUCGAAGACGACUAUAAUGCUGUUGGUGCAUGACCUGCUUUUGUCCAAAAACAAGAGGAUACAUAUGGGGAAGCAUCCUAUCAAAGCAUUUGUAUUAAAGCGUCAGGUUAGGUUGAGUGGUGAGUUUAAGAAGAUGUUGGUUAAGCUGAAGGUGAAGAGUCUUUCUGAAUUGGUUGAGGACAAUGAUGCAGAUAUGAGCCCUGUACGGUGGAUACGUAUUAAUCCCUUUCGGUGCCAGGGGAAGGUGGAUGAUGUCUUGAAGGAACUUAGAAAGAAGUUUCCCAAACAAGUAGACGAUUGGACGCAGAUAGUUCCGGGUAGUAUUUACCGCGAUGAAUAUAUCCCAAAUUUGUAUGGCGUUCAUCCUUCCGAUAAGAUCACAUCUCAUGAAUUGUACAAACGAGGUAAAAUUAUUAUUCAGGAUAGGGCAUCUUGCUUUCCAGCCUAUAUCUUAAAUCCAACACCACAUGAUGUUGUGAUUGAUGCGUGCUCUGCUCCUGGUAACAAGACGACACACAUUGCAGCGCAUAUAUUCCCAGAUGGCAAUGCUUCGGAUGUUAAGAUUUAUGCAUUUGAGAGAGAUGCCAAACGUGCGGAGAUAUUAGAAAAGAUGGUAACGUCUGCAGGCUGCGAAAGUUGUAUACAGAUUUCAGUUGGAGAUUUUACGCAGCUUGCUAAACCGCAAAUGUUCAAGGACGUGACCGGUUUUAUACUAGAUCCAAGCUGUUCAGGAAGUGGUAUAUUUGGACGUCAAUCUGUGGAUCUGGCCAAUAAAAGUAAGCUCGCUGAAAAGGUGCCCAAUGAAGUGUUCGAGGAGCAAGAUCCUAAAGAAAUGGAACAAAAUGAACUUUACAAAACCAGGUUGGCAAAGUUAUCUUCAUUCCAGUUUCAAAUUGUAAAGCACGCCAUGAGCUUCCCAAAUGCUAAGAAGUUAGUAUAUAGUACGUGUUCCAUACAUGCUGAAGAAAAUGAACGAGUCGUGAUUGAUCUGCUUUUAGACCAGAACAUAAAACAGUAUGGCUGGAAGGUCGCAAAGCGUGAUUCCGUCAUUCCUGCUUGGCAGAGACGCGGAAUAUUGUCAGAAUUUGAAGAGGUGUUUCCACAUGAACAAGCUCAGGAACUUGCAGAUGGCUGCAUUAGAGCCUUGCCUAAAGAAGAUGGUGGUAUUGGCUUCUUUGCCGUUUGUUUCGAACGUGAAUGA